GAUAAGUAUACUGUAAGUGCGUGUAACCUUUUCUCUGCGCUUAUGUUGGUGUGAUUGGAUACAAUAUCAUGGAACAGCUCUUGAAAGCCGGUAUCAACUGAAGGUUGCACAUGACAGUACACAGAUAAGACACAGGAUCGUGUACAUCAACUGAAUAAUAUUGAAAGGAUGUUAAAAGACAAAGAAACAACAAAAGGAUGCUAUGCUUGGAUAGUUUUAUUUGCCUGUACAGUGUUACAGUUUCUGACAGACAGCAUUCUAAAAUCUUUUGGACUCUUUUACGUUGAAAUUAUAGACGAAUUUCAUGAAAGUGUCUCAUUUACCAGUCUAAUAACAGGAAUAAUGUUUGGCGUUUACUGUUUAUCAACUUUACCAGUAAUGAUGUAUCUGAUAAAAGCUAUCCAGCCAAGAGGUGUUAUGAUAAUUGGGAGUGUGCUGAUAGCAGCCGGAUAUAGUCUCAGUUGUCUUGCACCGAACAUUUAUUUCCUACUCUUUUCAAUAAGCAUAUUAGUUGGUGUAGGCAUGGCAUGUAUAUUUCCACCAUCAAUUUAUGCCUUGGGUACAUAUUUUACGAAGCAAAGAGCGACCGCAAAUGGCAUAGCAAUAUCAGGUUGCAGUUUAGGAGCACUAGUCACUCCGCCUUUAUACCAAUAUCUAAUAAAAACAUACGGCCUUAGAGGAGCACUGUUAUUAGCAGGAGCAAUUCUUCUCAAUAACUUACCGAUGGCAUUUCUUCUAAGAACUCCAAACAAAGUUGACCAAUCAGAGAAAGCUCAUAAGUCGCCUUUAAUCAACAGAAACGAAUCAGUGCAGGAGAUGAAACCGACUAAAACAUUAAAUGGAGAUAUCCAUAUAAAUUAUUUUCAUUUUUUAAAUGGACAUACUAGUAUGUCAGAAAGAGUACAUAAAUCUAAUCAUAAUGGAAUAGGUUUAUUUAGUUCUCAUCCUCAACUUUCGACUAAUUUAGAAUUAGAACUUGAAGUGAAAGUACCGAAGAUGGAUGAAAAUAAAAGUAAUUCUGACGAACAUCUUAAUGGUAAAACAUUUUAUCGGGAGUUUCCACUGAGUUCAUUCAAAUAUUUCAGCAGUAGUGCAUUAAUAGUAUAUCCAAUAUUAGCUGAAAGUGAAGAUAGAAUUAACGAAAAUGAGAGCUCUGUAAAACUAAAUGAUUCUGUCACUAACCCAGUGUGCGCCUUAUUAAAGAAACCAACAUUCGUAAUAUUCUUAUUAGCGAACUCUUUAUCAACUAUUGUGGCGUCAACAUUCUUGUCAUUCUUGCCUUUACAUGCCAAGCAAAACAAUAUAAGUGAUGCUAAAAUGGUCAUCCUUGUCUCACUGACUGGAGCAGUGGAUUUAAUUGGGCGAAUCUUGUGCGGUAUCUUAGCGGACAGGUCACACGUACAAAGUUAUCAAAUCCUUAUUGUUGCACAACUGAUAUGCGGUGUUACUUAUAAUUGUAAUCAGUUUAUGACGUCAUUUUCGGGACUAGUCGUAUUCUGUGUUUUGAUUGGUCUAUUUAGUGGAAUGUUUUUACCUCUGCGACAUUCAAUAAUGGUGGAUAUCAGCGGAUUAACAUUGUAUCCAACUGCUUUGGCGAUCACAACUGUAUCUCAGUUACCAGUUUAUGUGGCUGGACCUCUAGCAUUUGGUAUACUUCGUGAUCUCAACGGUAAUUUCAUAGCAUCUUAUCACUUAAUUGGUGUGGUUGCCUUGAUCUCCGGUGUGUUAUUUUUAUGCGGACCAUUAUUUAAAAAAUGUAAAACGGAUGGAGCAUGUUCGUCAAAUGAGGAUAGACUUAAAACACAAACAACGUAGCCGUGUCACAAAUAACUGCAAUAUUGUUGCUCAAGAAAUGAACACAAAGCUACUAAGAAUCCCCAUAGACAUGUCCGAACAUCUUCAGUAAAAACAGAGACGUGAAAUGAAUCCGAAACUAAAGGUUUAUAACACCGAUGAAUGAAUGGUUGUCAUGAACUCGUGUGCCUUAGCUGUUACACUGUUACAAGUUACGACUGUUAUUGCAUAUAUCUUUGUCGUUAGAUCGGAAGAGCCUUGCCUAUAUUUAUUGUCAUUAAAUAUCAGCUAAUGUUUCUUUAAAAGACAUUAAAGCUGCAUAAUUCUUUUCAAAGUUGAUGUGUUUCUAAAAUUGUAAAACAUUUCACAGCAAUUUUAUACUUUUACUUUAAUAUAUCAUCCCUUAUUUUUAUUAACUCUGUAUAUACAUUGUAUCACAGAUCAAAUGUAUUUGUUCAUUGUUUGUUUAUUUCUAUUACUACGUUUUUUGAUUAAGUUAAGCCAUUUCAAUUGAUAUUUUGUAGAGUGUCUUUCUAUGUUAUGAUGUUAUAUUACUGUUUCAGAAAAGGGAGACGGUUUGGUACAAUUUGAACGUUUAAUCCACCUGCAAUUGUUUGCACCUGUCCUAAGUCAGGAAUCGGAUGUUUAGUGGUUGUCGUCUGUUUAUAUCUAUAUAACGAAAAACCUAACUUCGACUAUGAGAAACCCGAAGUUGUCAUGUAUUCAAAACUGUAGAUUCGAUAAACAGAUUAUCUAGAAUGUAAGGUAUCAACAAGUUUGA